UUAUACAGUAGUAUAACUAGAGAUUAAGCGGAGAUUAGUGUCUAAUACAGAAACAACCGCCAUAACAUAAGUCUGGAGGCGUGAAAGAAUUAACAGAAGAAAAUGGUUUAUGGAAUAGCAGUAAAGAUGGGGUUUAUUGUAGCUCAGAAUCUUCCUCCUUCAAUGGCUCCUGAUUUUUCUCUCUCCUCCACUACUCUUCCUUCGCGCCGCUCCGAUCUCGUCUUCGUCGUCAAUCCUCGAGGAGCAAAUGGUAGGACGGGAAAGGAAUGGAAGAAGCUUUUGCCGUAUUUGAGGUCUCGUCUUUCUUCCGACUGCAAUAUAUGUGAGUCCUUUACAUCAGGUCCCUCCCAUGCAACUGAUAUGACGAGAGAGGCUAUAAGGGAGGGUGCAGAUGCUGUAAUUGCUGUGGGUGGUGAUGGAACCCUACAUGAGGUUGUGAAUGGCUUCUUUUGGCAAGGAAAAUCUGUCUCAAGUCAAGGUGAAAAGUCUGCUCAUGCAACCGCACUUGGUCUUAUUCCCUUGGGCACAGGUUCUGAUUUUUCCCGAACAUUUGGCUGGACAAAUGACCCUUAUGAAGCUGUUGAGCGUAUAGCAAAAGGGAUGAGAUCGCGUGUGGAUGUUGGUGUCAUAACUGCGGAAGAUAAAGAGCAUCAUUAUUUCAUAAAUGUUGCUGAUAUUCACUUGAGUGCAAAGGCGGGUUUCUAUGCUGCCAGAUAUAAAACAUUGGGAAAAUUAUGUUACGUUAUUGGGGCUUUGCAAGCUUUUAUGGGGCACAAUAAUGUAGAUCUCAGGGUGAAGAUUGAUGAUGGUGAUUGGAUGGAGUACUCUCAAGUAACAGCUCUUUGCAUUGGAAAUGCAAAAUACUUUGGUGGUGGCAUGAAAAUUACUCCCAAUGCUAACCCUUCUAGUGGAAAUCUUGAGGUUGUCGUCCUUCAGGAUUUCAAGUGGUAUGACUUCAUAUUUAAAUUGCACAAGCUGUAUAAUGGUACACAUCUAUCAGUUAAAAAUGUAUCAUCAAGGAGUGUACAUUCCAUUGAAGUGGAGCAAAUGGAUGAUAGUGGCACCAUCUAUAUCCAGUCUGAUGGAGAACAUUUAGGUUUUCUUCCCAGAAAACUAAGUAUUAUACCUGGUGCUAUCGAGAUGCUGACAUGAUAUUCCCAGUACUAUCAAAUGCAGUUCCUCUGUAUAUGUGAUCAAUUAUCACUAGGGAAUAGGGAUGGCUCAAUUACACACGAGUAGGUAUGUGAGUGUUGAUCGCACGAUUCCCAUCUCCCCAGGCUAACUGACAGUUUAAGCAUUUCAAAGUUGCCUGCUCUUUGAUCAGUUGGUUUAUGCACACAUUUGCAUAUGCGACGGUGCACACUCGGCAAUUUCAUGAUGUUGAGACAGUGGACAAUCGAAGGCAGAAAGAUUAUAGACAAAGUGUUGAAUUGUUUUGACACAAGUCGCUGGUCACUGCAGCUGUUUAGUUUGAAAUUCAGUAGUUUGCUGAACGACACAAGUGUAAUACUAGUCAAAAUAAUUGUUUUUCCCUUACAGUUUUUUGAAGUUUUUGUAGUCAGUAGAUUAGAUUCAUAUGUAACAAGUUCCAUAUUAGUUAUUUUAUCUCUUUUUCUUUAUUAGAUUUUUACUUGCCCUUUUUCCUGUCA